UGGUGCUUACCUAGGAGGAGAAAAAUGGCGACAGAGGAAGAAGAGCGGUUGCUGAGGAGGGUGAUGGCGCUGCAGGCAUGUGUUCGAGGUCACCUCAUCAGAAAAAGGUUUCAAAGCUUAAAGGGAGAGUAUGAGAGCAUUGUAAAGCAGAUUGAAGGGAAUCUGGAUCAGCUGCAGUGGAGUCAGCACUCCAUACCAAAGCCUGUAUUUCUCUCAAAGUCUGUCCAGAAGCCAAGUCAAAGAAAGGAAUUAAGUAGACCAGAGGCUGGAUUGGACAAGCAGGGCAGUGCCCACACUGAAGAGGAGGAGAAGCUUAGUUGUCACAAGUUGUUACAAACAGAAAAUGAGCGUGACUGUGAUAUGCAGCAUCCAAGCCAGCUUCUAAAUGAAACAGCUGCAGAGGCUGGGGAAAUGAGGCCGCAUCCAGAGCAUCCUUUGGCUGAGCCCCUUGGGAAUGCCAGUAUCCUGCCAGGAGAGAAUGCAGAAGGCAAAGACUGCAGCAAUGUGUCGUCUGAAUGGGGCAGCCUUAUACUGGAGAUAGAGUCUCCCAGACAGAGCCAAGAGCUCCGUUUCCAGGGAUUGCCGGUGAUGCCUCAAGCACUGCCUGACCUCCAGCACUACCGAAAGCACCUAACCAUGGAACUGCUGUGGCUGCAACAAGCCAUCUCCAGCCGUAAGAACUAUCUGAUCCUGAAACAGAGGCUGUGGAACCAAGAGUAACUGAAUGCUGUUCUGUGGACGCAUCCCAAUGUCCCUGUUUAUGCAGACUUGGAAGAGUGCCCUCCUUUCCCAUCUGAUGGUAGAAAGAGAGCAUUGUGGGGGCCUCUGCUCCCUCCAUGGCAGCAGGCAGGUGUUUGGUACUCUUUGGAGUUAACCACUCCAUGUAGCCUUCUUGGAUCCUGAUUGUGCUCAGAUUUGAGACUUCUGAGAGGAACAGUGCAGCUUACCUGUGGACUUCUCAAGUCAAAAGUGCACUUAUGGUGAGUUUGUUAUGAACAGGUGCCUUGUGUAGGUCCAGAUUACAUAAAGAGUGUGACCGGAAUUGUAAGGGAAGAAAGCAGUGUCCCCCGCUCCGCCUUCCUGCUGCAGCCUUCUGUGCCUCCCAAGAUUGAGCUCCUGCAGGACAGCAGGACAGUCGACACCUAGGAACAGUGGGGGCGGGAUCUGCAGAAAUCCUCCUCCUCUCCUCCACCAACAGAAAUGCCAUUCUGCAUGGAACUGCCCUUACGCUGAUGGACCAGCAGCCGGGGAUCUUAGGCAAUAUUUCUGCAGACUGAAUUUGUGCAAUCUUUGAUGGAGGCAAAUCCAAGCUGAAAUUUCAUGCUUAGCAACUUUUGUUGAACUAGCCUGUAUUUGGCCUGAGUGUAUUGACCAGGGCUGCAUGUGGGGAACUUGAAAGAAGGAGCUGCGUCUCCAUAAGCCUCAUAUUGUAGCCAAGAGCUUUGUGGUUGCCAGUAUCCCAACUGCUCAGCUUCCUGCUUAGAGACUUUUGGAACUGCGAUAUGAAUUCUCUGGCUGAACCGCAGGUCUUCUCUGAAUUUUCUGGGCUUAUAUUUCUCUUUCCUCCCAUGGAGAUAAUGUGUGUUUAGAUCAGGCCCCAUGGUGCAGUAAUCCUAUCAGCUACUUCAAGUGUUCUUUCUGUCACCAGCCACCAUUAAUGGCCUGAUAUUUGGACUGCAGAAUCUCGUUUUCUUCUUUUUUUAUAUUUCUGAAUAAAAAUACUAUUUCACUGUC